AUGCCGGUCUGUGCCCGACACCUGGGGGGGACCCGUUGGCACUGCGUGCCUGUGGGCUGCAUCCCAUCCCUGGUGCUCCACAAAACGCAGCAGCACCUGGCCCCGAAGCCGGUGGCUGGCACCAAGGGGCCGGCUCCCAACCCACCACCUGUCCUCAAGGUGUUCAACAGACCCAUCCUCUUUGAUAUUGUCUCCCGGGGGUCCCCAGAUGGCCUGGAGGGUCUCCUUUCCUUCCUGCUCACCCACAAGAAGCGUCUGACGGAUGAGGAGUUCCGAGAGCCCUCAACAGGGAAGACGUGCCUGCCCAAGGCGCUGCUUAACCUGAGUGCAGGCCAAAAUGACACCAUCCCCGUCCUCCUGGACAUCGCCGAGAAGACGGGAAACAUGCGGGAGUUCAUCAACUCGCCCUUCCGUGAUGUCUACUACCGAGGUCAGACAGCGCUGCACAUCGCCAUUGAGCGCCGCUGCAAGCACUACGUGGAGCUGCUGGUGGAGAAGGGGGCCGAUGUGCACGCCCAGGCCCGUGGUCGCUUCUUCCAGCCCAAGGAUGAGGGCGGCUACUUCUAUUUUGGAGAGCUGCCCCUCUCACUGGCUGCCUGCACCAACCAGCCCCACAUCGUGCACUACCUGACGGAGAACGGGCACAAGCAGGCAGACCUGCGGCGCCAGGACUCGCGUGGCAACACCGUGCUGCAUGCUCUGGUUGCCAUCGCUGACAACACCCGCGAGAACACCAAGUUUGUCACCAAGAUGUACGACCUGCUCCUCAUCAAAUGUGCCAAACUAUUCCCUGACACCAACCUUGAGGCCCUGCUCAACAACGAUGGCCUCUCUCCACUCAUGAUGGCUGCCAAGACCGGCAAGAUCGGGAUCUUCCAGCACAUCAUCCGCCGGGAGAUUGCAGAUGAGGACGUCCGGCACCUUUCACGCAAGUUCAAGGAUUGGGCAUACGGCCCCGUCUACUCCUCACUCUAUGAUCUCUCCUCACUGGAUACCUGUGGGGAGGAGGUGUCCGUGUUGGAGAUCCUCGUUUACAACAGCAAGAUUGAGAACCGCCAUGAGAUGUUGGCCGUGGAGCCCAUCAACGAACUGCUGCGCGACAAGUGGCGCAAGUUCGGCGCCGUCUCCUUCUACAUCAGCGUGGUCUCCUACCUCUGUGCCAUGAUCAUCUUCACUCUCAUCGCCUACUACCGCCCCAUGGAAGGCCCUCCGCCAUACCCUUACACUACGACCAUCGACUACCUGCGGCUGGCCGGGGAGAUCAUCACCCUCCUCACCGGCAUCCUCUUCUUCUUCUCCAAUAUCAAAGAUCUCUUCAUGAAGAAGUGCCCAGGUGUGAACUCAUUCUUCAUCGAUGGCUCAUUCCAGCUGCUCUACUUCAUCUACUCGGUGCUGGUGAUCAUCACGGCAGGGCUGUACUUGGGCGGCGUUGAAGCUUACCUGGCUGUCAUGGUCUUUGCUUUGGUCCUGGGCUGGAUGAACGCACUCUACUUCACUCGAGGGCUCAAGCUGACAGGGACCUACAGCAUCAUGAUCCAGAAGAUCCUCUUCAAAGACUUGUUCCGCUUCCUCCUCGUCUAUCUGCUCUUCAUGAUUGGCUAUGCCUCAGCACUGGUGUCCCUCCUGAACCCGUGUCCCAGCAGCGAGUCCUGCAGUGAGGAGCACUCUAACUGCACGCUGCCCACCUACCCCUCGUGCCGGGACAGUCAGACCUUCAGCACCUUCCUGCUUGACCUCUUCAAGCUCACCAUUGGCAUGGGUGAUCUGGAGAUGCUGGAGAGCGCCAAGUACCCAGGCGUCUUCAUCAUCCUGCUUGUCACCUACAUCAUCCUCACCUUCGUGCUGCUCCUCAACAUGCUUAUCGCCCUCAUGGGUGAGACUGUGGGCCAGGUGUCCAAGGAGAGCAAACACAUCUGGAAGUUGCAGUGGGCCACCACCAUCCUGGACAUCGAGCGCUCCUUCCCUCUCUUCCUGCGGAGAGCAUUCCGCUCUGGGGAGAUGGUGACCGUGGGGAAGGGCACUGAUGGGACCCCCGACCGCCGCUGGUGCUUCAGGGUGGAUGAGGUGAACUGGUCCCACUGGAACCAGAACCUGGGCAUCAUCAGUGAGGACCCGGGCAAGAGCGAUACAUACCAGUACUAUGGCUUCUCUCACACCGUGGGGCGGCUGCGGAGAGAUCGAUGGUCAACGGUGGUGCCACGUGUGGUGGAGCUCAACAAGAGCUGCCCAACGGAGGAUGUGGUUGUGCCAUUGGGGACCAUGGGCACAGCAGAGGCACGGGAGUGACGGCACGGGCAGAACCCCAGCUCCCUGCUCUAGCAUGGACUCUGCCUGGCCCCACAGCACCAGCGUGUGUCUGUUCCUCAGGGAUUUGUGCAGCCAAUAUCCCUGCAGUGCCCAACCCAUUGGGCUCCCAGUCCUGGCAAUUCUGGUGUCUCCGGUGCCACCGCUUUGCUUUCCUGCACCAUUGUCUCCAUUGUGCCAGCAGCUGGGUGCUGGGAGCUCCCCUGCCACCAACCACCACGGCCAAUGGCUUUUGCCCCAAGGUUUU